AUGGUGAAGAAGAGGACCUACUCCAAGUAUGGCAACAGUCAACGGUCGACACCAUACGAUCCUAAUUGGGUCAACGACCACGAUAAUCCCAAGCGGGCCAAAGUUGAGGCCUCGGAAGAAAUGCGCUUACCUAAAGCUAUCAAUGAGAUGAAGUCAUCUUUAUUGAAGAAAGGCUCAAAAUUUGGUGGCCCAACAUCGCUGCCCAACGACCCAAUGGAUGUGGAAGAAGAAACCGUGGUCUCGAAGAAGACAUCCGUCUUUGAUAAAGUCCUUAACAGCGGCCGUCAUCAACUCGCCAGGAAAGGUCAGGUCGAGUCUCAGAGCAGCCGCAGGGAUUCGCCAAAGAGAACCCCCACACAACAAAAGUCCAAUGAGUUGCGGACAUACCAACUGCCAACGCCGCCUGCAGAAAUUCAAAAACUACAAGCUCAGCAAGUGGCACGGGAACCACAGACCCUGUCUCAGGUUGCUCAAAAUACUGACAUGGUCAUGCCAAAGCAGCCUUAUGUCCCAAAGAUCUACAAGGCAGAGGAGACCUCGGCCCCACGUACAACCGUUUUAGGAGAUCGACUAUCCAGGUCAUCUAAAGAGUCGGCGCUGUGGAACACAAACCAGACCAACUCACCCUUGCUACAACUUCCAGAAGACAUUCGCACCAAGAUAUUCGAGUAUGUUCUCGGUGGCAAGACCAUCAAAAUCGACUACGAAACCUACCGGACUCGACGCACGCAGGGCCAGCCAAAGGCCAGCGUGCCCAUUUUCAAGUACGACUGCACCAUCUAUAACCGACGCACAAACCCUUUUAAACUACAGCCUUCACCUCUGGACACAGUCACCACGCGCUACUCACCCCUCAACAACAUCUGCCGACAGUUGUAUGAGGAGACUGCGACUCUUCCUUACAAGCUCAAUGUGAUUGCUUUCGCCUCGGCGAGUGUCAUGUUCAACUUCCUGUACCAGGAGCGGCGUCUUUCACGAAAGCAGCGCGAUGCCAUCACACACCUUGUUCUGCCGGAUGGUCUGCUGCAGCAAAACAUGCUGAAUGAUCUUCGUGGUCUGCAGAAGUUCGCGCUGGGGCGUACGGUUCGUGAGAAUGCUAAGGGCUGGUAUACGAUCCUUCGGGAGGAGGGACACGCACCCAAGCUGGUACUGUCGAGCUCUAUGCGUUGGUGA